GGUUAAAUUUCGGGCUAGAAAACACCUGCAAAAAAAUAGGCGUUACUUCGAGCUCGUGAUAUAAGGAAAUAAAAAUUGCUAGGCGGCUAUCAUUCACACUUUGCUGACGGGAGUGUUUCAAAGAGUCUCACACAAAAAAAGAAACAUGGAUGUCCGGACAGGUUUCAUCGUUUUGAUCUGCUUAAUGGGCUUCACCUGUGCGGAGCCAGUGAAAUAUAUCGACUGCGGCUCCUCUACUGGUAAAGUGGCCAUGGUGGACAUUAGCCCUUGCGCCAGUCAGCCAUGCCAGCUACACAAAGGACAGUCCUACAGUGUCAAUGUGACAUUCAACAGUGCUGUGGAGAGCCAGACGAGCAAAGCAUUGGUUCAUGGUAUUAUUGCUGGCGUUCCAGUCCCCUUCCCCAUUCCCAUAGAAGAUGGCUGCAAGUCUGGAAUCCAGUGUCCCAUCCAGAAGCAGCAGAACUAUCACUAUCUGAACUCACUUCCUGUGAAGUCAGAGUAUCCCACAAUAAGGCUGGUUGUGGAGUGGGAACUGAGAGACGACAACAAAAAAGACUUGUUCUGCAUCAGGUUCCCAGUUCAGAUUGUGAGCUAAGCUAGCAACAGUACCUCUGAAGUGGUGGUUUGUUUGUUUUUAAAAGGGAUUCAGCUUUGAGUAAAAACUAAAGAAGAAUGUAAAUGACUCUAGUUAAGAUCUCAUUUUAUUCAUUCAUCAAAUUGCUUUUUAAGAUGUGUCUUUCACUAGUUUGCAAGACUUUGCCGCACACGCACAUCUUGAAUCCUGCUGAAAUAAAAUAAAUGGCUGAUUUUUGCUGGGAUCUUCCUAACAUUCAAUUUUAAGAGUUGUGGAUGUGAAAUAAUGCAGUUAAUGUUUAUGUAAAUGACCCUGAACUUCAUUCCACUACAGUGCAAAUGUCUUACUGGCUGCUGUGUAGUCAGAAAGCUACAUACUAUACUUCUUCUUUACUAAAACUUGUAAUAUUUCUUACUGACCUUGUACUACAAGACAUAUGGGAUAUGAAAAUUAAAUUCUAAUAAAUCUAAUGUACCCAAGUUGCA